CUCAGCCUGCUCUUAUUUUGAAGAGAAUGCUUGCUUCCUUGUUCUCUAAAGUGAAACUCUUGGCUGCUCUCUGUGUGGUGCUUUCUUCACUCUGGAAUGCAGAAGAAGCAAGACUGGAACUGGAGUUGAGAGCAGGGGAAGCUGGAGACCUCCUGCAGGACUUCUGGUGCUCAGUACAGAGUCCCUGAACUUUUUUCCUUGGAGGAAUCUGUGACCCUUCAUCUAGAUGUUCCUUAUGACAAUGCCCUCACCCAGCAAGAAAUAGCCAGAUGAGCCACUUCCCCUGUUCCCUGGAAGAUUUCAAGAGGCCAAUGUUGAGCAGGAGGCUGCAGGAGAAUCAGAACCUUAGUCAGAAGAGCGGUAAACAAUGAGUUCCAAGCAGCAACGCGUGAAACUAAAUGAUGGCCACUUCAUUCCAGCACUGGGCUUUGGCACAUAUAAACCCGAAGAGGUUCCUGAAAAUAAGCCCCUGGAGGCUAUAAAUUUAGCUAUAGAGGCUGGGUUCCGCCAUAUCGAUACUGCUUAUGUGUAUCAAACAGAAAAGGAUGUAGGACAGGCUAUUCGAAGCAAGAUUGCAGCUGGCAUUGUAAAGAGAGAAGACAUAUUCGUUGUUACAAAGCUUUGGUGCACUUUCCUUAGACCAGAGCUGGUUCGGUCUAACUUGGAAAAAUCAUUGAAAAACCUUCAACUGGAUUAUGUUGACCUCUAUAUCAUUCAUUACCCAGUGCCAAUGAAGCCAGGGGAGGAUCUGUUUCCAGAAGAUGAACGUGGGAAAACAUUAUUGGACACUGUGGAUAUCUGUGCCACAUGGGAGGCCAUGGAGAAGUGUAAGGAUGCAGGACUGGUCAAGUCCAUUGGGGUGUCCAACUUUAAUAGCAGGCAGCUGGAGAAAAUCCUGAAUAAGCCUGGGCUUAAGUACAAGCCUGUCUGUAACCAGGUGGAAUGCCAUCUUUACCUGAACCAGAGCAAGCUGUUGAACUACUGCAAGCCAAAGGACAUUGUUCUAGUUGCCUACUGUGCUCUUGGAUCUCAGCGUCCUAAACGAUGGGUGGACCCAAACUCCCCAGUUCUCUUGAAUGAUCCAGUUCUUUGUGACAUGGCAAAAAAACACAAGCGAAGUCCGGCCCAGAUUGCUCUUCGUUACCAUCUUCAACGUGGAAUUGUGGUCCUUGCCCAGAGUUACAAAGAGAAUGAGAUAAAAGAGAACUUACAGGUACUUGAAUUUGAGCUGCCAUCGGAGGAUAUGAAAAUCCUAGAUAGCUUGAACAGAAAUUUAAGAUAUGCACCUGCUCCAUUUGGUGAGGGCCACCCAGAAUACCCCUUUUCUGAUGAAUUUUAAUGUGGUGGCCUGUGUCAUGACUUCUAUCUCAAGUCUCAUCAUAGCUCUAUAUGGAUAAUGAUGUGGGCAACAUCCGAGAUGCUGUUGAUUGGACAUAUCUCAUUCUGCUCAAUCUGAACUGCUUAACAACUCAACUUCAGCUAGUUGUGUCCAUCAGUCCACCAUAAUUCAUUACAUUUUCAUCAUGCUUUGAAAUAAUGCUAAUGUUUCCUAUAAAAAGGUCUUUCUUUA